AGGUGCACUUGAAGGCAUCAUAAGGGAGGAGUUAACAAAGCACUGAAGUUUAGCCUAGCAGGAAACACUGAGGCUAUCGCCGUAGCGGUGGAAAAAGAAGGAGCAGUUUUUAGUUUUAAAUUGGUGCUCAGACCUGCUGUUUCCUCGGCAAAUACGCUGUCGUUUGGAUCUAAGAAGUAGUCGUUUUCAGUCCGGUCACAUUUUCCUUGAGUUUGUAUGAGGAGAGCACUCCAAGUCAACUAAAGCACCGGACGCUGGCUGGAGGUGGAAUCUUAACCAGCGUUUAUUAUCAGUGGACAUCGGCUGAGCAACGGCCGUUUGGAAUCAGUCCCUGCAGCGUCCGUCAGUGGGCCCACAGGCUCCACGCUGGUGCUGAGACAGGAUGAAGAGGUUCAGGCGACACGGCCAGGAGUCCCAGAGAGAUCGACUCAAACAGGAGCUCUUCCACUUCAACAAGACGGUGGAGCAUGGAUUCCCCCACCAGCCCAGUGCUCUGAGCUACAGUCCCUCCCUGCAGCUGCUGGCCAUUGGCACCCGCUCCGGGGCCAUCAAACUAUAUGGAGCUCCAGGUGUGGAGUUCAUGGGUCUGCACGAUGAGAAUGCUGCUGUUACACAGGUGCACUUCCUCCCUCACCAGGUUGAACUUGUUACUCUGCUGGAUGACAACAGUCUGCACAUGUGGACUUUAAGAGCCCACCAGGGACUCUCUGAACUUCUGGAGAUAGGACGCUUCUCUCUCACUGGACCACCUGGCGCCCCUCCAAGUGUGACCAGGGUGACGGCAGUGCUGGCCCACUCCUCAGGGGAGCUGCUGCUGCUGGGGACAGAAGGAGGACAUGUCUUCAUAGUUGAAGUCCCGGGCUUUAGAGAGCUUGAAGAGAGAAACAUCAGUCUCGACCAAGUGGCCAACAGUGUGCCAGAUGACUACAUCGGCCGCAGGAAUCUAGAACACGUAGAGGCCUUACAGGAGAAUCCAGUCAACCCGAACCAGGUUGUUAUUGGCUAUGGACGAGGUCUUAUGGUUAUCUGGGAUCUGGAGAAACAGUGUGCCCUCCAGCACAUCCCUGCCACACAGCAACUGGAGAGUGUGUGGUGGACAGAGGACGGACGCUACAUUCUCAGUUCGCACAGUGAUGGAAGUUACUGUCGAUGGAUGGUGGGUGGAGAGGACAUGAACGAGGAGGAGGAGGAGGAGAAAUCAGACAUUCCUUACGGACAUUUCCCCUGCAAGGCCAUUUCUAAAAUAAUUCAGCUUCCUACGAAAGAAGGGCCUCCGUUCCUGCUGUUCAGUGGUGGUAUGCCCAGGGCCAGUUACGGGGACAGACACUGUAUUACAGUGAUCCACAGUAAAACGCAUGUGGCUCUGGAUUUCACCUCCAGAAUUAUCGACUUCUUCGCCAUCAGAGAAGGGCCUCAGCACACAGGAGAUCCCAGUGCACUGGUGGUCUUGGUAGAGGAAGAGCUGGUAGUGAUCGACUUGCAGACAGAGGGCUGGCCGGUCAUUCAGACGCCAUACUUGGUUCCCCUUCACAGCUCAGCCAUCACCUGCUCCCACCACGUCUCUGCUAUCCCCCUCAAAUUGUGGGAAAGGGUCAUUGCUGCUGGAGACCUGCAGAAAACACACUACUCCAAAAGGCCAUGGCCAAUAACUGGAGGACAGAACCUGGCCUCAGAUCCUCCGCAGAGAGACCUGCUUCUUACGGGGCAUGAGGAUGGGACGGUGCGUUUCUGGGAUGCAUCGGGAGUCUGUCUGUAUCCCAUGUACAAGUUAAGCACAGCUGGAGUCUUCCACACAGAUGCUGACCCCAAUGACAACAUGAACCAAGGCACUGAAGGAGAGUGGCCACCAUUCAGGAAGGUUGGUUGUUUCGACCCAUACAGUGAUGACCCGAGGCUCGGCAUUCAGAAGAUCCACCUUUGUAAAUACAGCGGUUAUCUGACUGUGGCUGGCACUGCCGGACAGAUCCUGGUGCUGGAGCUGAACGAUGAGGCAGCAGAGCAGACAGUGGAGGCUAAAGUUGUGGAUUUGCUGCAGGGUCAAGAGGGCUUCCGCUGGAAAGGUCACGCUCGGCUGGACGUGAGAGAGGAUCCGGUGCUGUUUCCUCCAGGCUUCCAGCCCUUUUCUCUGGUGCAGUGCCAGCCUCCUGCUGUGGUCACAGCCCUCACCCUGCACUCAGAGUGGAAGCUGGUAGCUUUUGGCACCAGCCAUGGCUUUGGCCUAUACGACUACCAACAGAAGAACACCGUCCUCAUCAAGUGCACCCUGAACCCCAGUGACCAGCUGGCCAUGGAGGGUCCUCUGUCCAGGGUGAAGAGCAUAAAGAAGUCCCUCCGACAGUCCUUCAGGAGAAUCAGACGCAGCCGAGUUUCGCUAAGGAAACAUCACGUCAACAACGCUGCCAAGCUCCAGGAGGCGAACGCUCGUCUGGAGGCCGAACUCGCAGAGAUGGAGCUGGCCCCUGUCCAGAGGAAGAUCGAGGCUCGCUCCUCGGAUGACUCCUUCACUGGUCUUGUACGGACGCUCUAUUUUGCAGACACCUUCCUCUCUGACAGUUCACAUAGCACACCCUCCCUAUGGGCAGGGACCAAUGGGGGCUGCGUGUUUGCAUACAUGCUCCGCCUUCCUCCUGUAGAGCAACGAGCAGACGAACCAGUCACAGCCCAGCAGGCUAAGGAGAUCCAGCUGAUGCACCGGGCUCCUGUUGUUGGCAUAGUGGUGCUGGAUGGCCACGGAGCCCCCCUCCCUGAGCCUCUGGAGGUGGCCCACGACCUGGCUCGCUCACCGGACAUGCAGGGCUCACACCACCUCCUGGUCAUAUCUGAGGAACAGUUCAAGGUCUUCACCCUGCCGAAGGUGAGCGCUAAGAUGAAGCUGAAGCUGACGGCCAUCGACGGCUCCAGAGUGCGGAGGGUAGGCGUGGCCUGGUUCGGCAGCAGUCGAUCAGAAGACUACGGCGAGAGCGGCCUAGUGGUUCUGACCAAUCAGGGAGACCUCCACGUGGUGUCGCUGCCGACAGUCAAGAUGCAGGUUCAGUACCCCUGCAUCCGCCGAGAGGAUGUUAGCGGCAUUGCUUCCUGUGUCUUCACAAAGCACGGACAGGGCUUCUACCUGAUCUCUCCAUCUGAGUUUGAACGCUUCUCUCUGUCCACCCGCUGCCUGGUGGAGCCUCGCUGUCUGGUGGAGGUUCCCCUCCGUUCAGGCUCCUCCAACCAACACAGGUCGCAGCCUGAUGGAGCUUCUUCUGCUCAUAGAAAUGCCAGACAAGACAGUGAGGAUGCAGAAAGUGCAGCUAGACGCGUUAUGGAGCAUGCUUUGCUGAAUGACGAGAAAGUACUUCAGGAGAUCCAGAAGUCACUAGAAGGAGACCAGACGUCAUUCUUGGAGAAUAAUGUGAAGAGUGCUGUAGCUUGAGAGACAUCUCUGGACAGUUGAGGUGAGAAUGAACUGGCAUGUUGAUGUGUGUGAAGCAUACUGCAGUCCUGUAGCAGCACUCACCUCCUGCUCAGCCGACACAACCACUACUGACCCCCGACCCCUCGCCUCAGUGACGGACCUCCCUACUCUCAGUUCACAAUGGCCCCUCAUAGAGACACCAAAAGCCUCUUGGCAGUAGUGCUGCCAGAGCACCCUGUGGCUGUUUGAAGGCUCACUAACGGUGCAGACAGAAGGUGAAGGAAGAGACACCACUGUGCCUAAAGACCACAAGCUGUACACAGAUCAUCUGAACAUGGUCACAACCAUUUUACCCAAAGCUACAUGAAGCACAUUGCCGACAUGUGACCAAUGCCAUAAUUCAUUACACCAAGAUCAAUGCCAGCAUCACACCAGCAUCUCAAAUCUGCCAUAGAUGCCGCUUGUUGAAGCUGUUUUGACUCACGUAGCAUCCACACCCGCUUCAUCUUGAAAGCCUUUAUCACCACAAGCCUUUUCAUGUGGAACGGUCGGUCCAGUCAACAGUCUCUGCCGUGCAGUCUCACUGGCAGUUCAUCUCCCCACAUGGACAUACAGCUUGGAGAAAUGUGGGGGAUGAUUUGAAUGAUGUUGAUGGAAAUAUUUUGUAUCUCAAAUUUUGUGAUUUGUGCCUGAUUAUUUUAUUUGAAGAAACCUCAGAUUUAUACUGUGAAAGCCCAUUUCUGCUAGGAAAAAGGAAAAAAUUGAUGAAAAGUUAGGAAUGGAAAAAAAAAAUGUAUUGUGGUCAAAAUUUAUUUGAUAAUUUUUAUUUUUAUUCUUUUUUUUAAAGGGGGUUAAAAAGGUGCAAUUAUGAAAUAUUAAGACUAAAUUUGGACUCUGAUAAUACUAAGUAUAAUACUGAUACUUUGUAUUACUUUAUUUAGUAUAAUAAUAUCUCCUUAUGUUUUUUAAUAUUGCAAUGUUUGAUCUAAAAAAUCUAAAAUUUUGACUUCAGACAUUGCAAUUUCAUUAUCUUGACAAGUCAAAACUUUGACUUGGCAUCAAGAUUUUUAUUUUUGUCAUUCCUUACUUUUUUCCUUACCUUUUCAUUUUUUUGCAUAAAUGAGCUUCCAUACUUUUCAGAUGAACUGUUAAGGCAAAACAUUAUCAGUGAUGCCCCAGAAAAAAGAAAAAAGUUGUUUUGUAUAUGUCGAACCACACUCAUGUUAACAUGUUUUAUUUUAUUAUUUUUUUUCAGUCAACAUUUGUUAAAUUAGUAAUAGCAUUACAAAGUGUAUACUGCUAACACAACCCUGCCCCCUCCCGUCCACUCUGUAACUUUGUAACCGGCCAUAGGUACUUCUCCACUACUGCGGAGAUCACAAUGCUGUACUUUUUUUGGGGAACAGCUUUCUAUGGGGUUUGGUUUUUAAUUAUUUUUAUGUAAACCUUUUUUUUUUUUUUAAUGCCAGCAAUGGAUAAUGUAAUUUAGGAAUGUAAUUGUAAGCUAUUGUAGUGAAAUGUUUUUAAUAUAUAUAUACAGUAUGUAUGUGACUGUACCUGUGGGCCUGUUGUAACGGGGUUGGCUGCUAUUUAGAUCGUACAAGGAAAUAUUUUGGUACUGUCUCUCAGAAUGCUGGGUAAUUUAGUGUCAGCCUAGAAUAUAUUUUUGUAGUGAACUGAUUAAGAACCCUAAUUUUUUUUUUUUUGAUUUGUAACUUCACACUACAGUUUUCAUGUGGAUAAUUAUUACAUGUUUUUUUUUUCCCAAGAAUGGAAGUGUCUGUUUUUAUUUCCUUGGUACACUGACAUCUCAUAUUUUCCACAUCAUUCAUUUCUGCUGUACUGCAAAGAAAUCUUUGUGGAUUUAUGAAUUUUUUCAGUCUGUAUGCUUCACUGAAACCUGAAAAAACUGCAUUAUAAUUAGACUUCCAACCCAUCA